AUGAUCGCAUUGAAUAGUUUAGUCGAAGUGACUGGUACAAUCAAACCAAAGGCGAAUUUCGAUGAUGAAGGUGCGGCGAUUGAACUGGAAAGUGCAAUGCGGGGUUUUGGUUGUGAUCGAAGACGGGUGCUGCGUGUUUUAACGGGCAUUUGUAAUGCGCAACGGCAAUUGAUAAGAACACCAUACGCCAAAAAGUACAAUAAGAAUUUGUAUGAGGAGUUGAAACGUGAGCUUACUGGUGAAUUUGAAGAGGUGAUACUGGGACUUAUGGAUACGCCAACCAAGUAUGAUGCCUUCCAACUGCAUCGAGCCGUUACGGGAGUAGGUACAGCAAAAUCGGUUCUCGUUGAGAUUUUAUCGUCGCGAAGUAAUGACGAAUUGCGACAUGUCAAGAACGAAUAUAAGACACAAUAUCGAACAUCACUCUCGAAAGAUAUUUCGGAUGAUACGAGUGGUGAAUUUCGCGAGAUUCUUUUGGAACUUCUGCAAUGCGAUCGAGAUGAAGGAGAAACAGUUGAUACGGUUAAAGCAAAAGAAGAUUGCUCCAAUAACUACUUUGAAACACCAGGUAUGGGUGGGUCGAUGUUGCAGGAAUCUCAAAUUCUUAUCAAGGGCGAUCGAAAUCGAGUGAGAACGACAUUCAAGAGUGCGUUGACAAGCGAGAAUCCUCGUCAGUUGUGCAGAUUGUUUGCUGAAUAUACAAUUGAAUCGGGUCGCACAAUUGAAGAUGGCAUUGAAGAAUACUUCAACGGUGAUUCAAUGGAGGUAUUGCUCGCGUUAGCUCAAUGCGCUCAAAAUAAAGCAGUUUAUUUCGCGAAUCUUCUUUAUCAUUCAAUGAAGGGUGUCGGAACACGGGAUCGAGAUUUGAUUCGUCUAAUCGUAACGCGUUCUGAGAUUGAUCUUGCUGUAAUUCGAAAAGAAUUCGAACGGCUCUAUAAGAAACCGUUAAUCCGUUGGAUUGAAGGUGAAUGCUCGGGAGCGUAUCGUGAUGCACUUCUCUCGAUUGUCAACGGUAACUGA